ACUGUUUUAUUUCUAUACAUAAUAUUCUCACAGCAAAAUAACUGUCCAAGUAUUCUAUAAUUGGUUAAUAACAUAGUAAAAGCAUCCUGAUUGGUUAAUAGCUUAGAUUAGUUAAUAAUUAAAUCACAGUGUUUUAAUAUCAUGUGCUGCAAAGAGCAGCAGGAGACACAUUAAAGAGCCACUUGCAGCUCCCAAACCUCAGUCUGAAUAUCACUAGUCGAUAUCUAUCACUUAAAUAUCGAUCAGGACUACUUCUAUCACUUAGAUCGAAGUAGUCCUCUGCAGUGUUGGCAAUGAACAAUAAAUAUUUCCUACAGGCAUAGUGCCUCAUGCUCUUUCUUCUGGUGCAUCUUGCAUAAUAAAUUGAGUCAGGCCUGGUCAGUAUUUGAAUGAGGAACAUCUGAUAUUGUACAAAAUAUUGUUGGUAUUCAUUAAGCUGGUCUCUUCUCUCUGUUGUACUAAACAAAUACUCCAGAAUUCUGCUAGUGGUGACUGUGGUGCUUGGGAGCCCAUCUUUCAUUUGAGACAUAAAAUUAAGGUUUUGGAGUAUUUGAUUAAUAAGACUCCCACAAUUCCACAGCCCUUUUAUAAGAGUAAGGAUGUCACUCUCGCUGUCUUGUACAAAUUUCAAUUUGGGUAAAAUCUCCUUGUAUUUUGAAAAGUUAAUUUCUCUUUGACUUGUAUUUGUUAUGUAGCUGUAUUGCUGAUUUAUGCAAUGUCUUGCUUAUAGCCCAAUUUCUGGAAGACAAGUGAUUGUGCAGAUCUCAGCUUUCAUUAAAAAUAAAAAACCCAAAAAAACAACCAACCAACUUCUAGCCUUCAUGUUUGUGGAUAAAAUCCUGAAAAUGUAACCUAAAUGUAAGCUAAAGGUUCAAACAUGAAUGCGAAUAAAGAACCCCAAAUUUUACAAAAUCUCAUGACUUUUUGGGGCCUGAUCAUGAUUUAACAUUUGGAGUUGGCAGUACUGGUAAUGUGUGCUGAUUGACAAUUGUUUCAACCCUGAGGUAGUUGCAUAUGAAUAAUGAUUAAAAUGAUCCUUAUGUAGACAUUUGGGUAACUGUUCGAAAGCACUUUAGAGAUAAAAGGGACUAGAAAAAGUUACGCUAGUGUCUGAGAACACUAAAGUGAAACAAACGAUCCUAAAGUUGUAUUUUUAAAAAAAGCUGCGUUUUUUUAAAGGGUUAGUAUUGUUAUUGUAAAUCUCAAAUGUAAAAUGUAAAGUCAGGAAUGCCCCUUGAACUUAAUUACAUGCAAGUCUGGACUUGAGCUUGGAGAACAGGUUGGAUAAGUAAUCAUUACAACUGCAUAAAUAUACUAUAUUAAAAUGUUGUGUUCUAUUUAAAUUUGGCAUUGAUCUUCAAGUAACUAUCAACUUUCAAGUAAAAAAUUGCCACUUUAGAGUGUUAAAAUAUUAUUUUUAUUAAAUGUUAGUUUGAGAUCUUUUUUCACUCACCAAAACUUGCAGAAACAUAUUACACUAAAAGGGUCACUUUCUUACUUGAAGUUGUAACAGAACAUACUUUAGAAAAGGUUUCUAGAAGCAAUCAUUUAAAAAAAGUAACUCCUCUUAUAGAGCAAUAUAGUAACAGGUUUUCUUCUGGUACAAUUCUCAUUACACAGUAGCUCUGCCUAGAGUAUAUGGCGUACAUAAGUUAUCAGAACAAUGCUAUUAAAAAAACCUUUAAAUGGUUAAAAUUUACAAAUUUGUAUUACAUUGUAAAGUAACCCUGGUGGCAUUAAAUGGACAUGAAAUUGAGUAUGGCAGAUAUCCAAGCUUGUCUGCAAAGAACAAUGCAGCAGCAACCAAUAAAGCAUAGCAGUUAAAUUUUUUGCUUAAAUUUAUUUGGACAAUUAGGGAAUGUAUUCAGCAUACAAAGUCUUACUGUCAAGCUGAUCCAGUAAACUAAACUGAAGAACAUUUAUGAAACUGAUGGGGACAAAUUACAUGAAUCACAGACAAAGCUUAAAUAAAACAGUAUUAGUCCUUUAUUCUGAGGGAAUUAAAUAGCUCCAAGUCUUAAACUUUCCUAGUCAAGAAAAAUUAUAUGAAUGAGAAUAUAAGCAAAGAUUUAAUAGUGAAGCCAAAAAUGUAAUAGGUACAAUUUAUAUGUGUAAAUCUAAAGAUGAAGAAGGUCCCCCAAGUGAUUGGCUGAAUUUGAUUCAAACCUAAAACUUUGCAACUCAUCGUAUACAUACGAUAUAAUGGGUUGACUAGUGAUGCAUUUUAUUUUUUAUAUUUUUACAAGUUAAUCAGUUUUCAUCGCUCUAGACUUCACUUUACUCUGAGAUAACAGAGAACGUGUAGAAAUAAAUUUGUCAAAACUCAGCCCAUUAUAUAUUGUGUUUAUUAAACUAGUUUUAGGCAGUAUUGUUGGUGGUUUGUGUACUGCAAGCCUCCAGCUGCAGGAGCUAACUCCUACCAGCAGGGGAGAGGAGAGAGAGUGAAAGAUGUGAUAGAAUGCUUCACUAUAACAAGUGUUGCUAUGAAUGGGAAGAAAAAGGCAUGUGGUGGAGAGAGUAGAAUGAUUAAAGGAAUAUAAAUGGAGCACAUAAAUAGGUGUUCAAAUAGUUAAGUAUUUUUAAAAUCUGAUAUUGGCAUAACACAUACUUGCCAGGAACUUGGAGAACAAAUGUAUACCUGAAUGGGCAACUAAGUUACUAAUUUAGAGAGUGCAAAAAUAACUGAUUAAUGACCUAAAGUGUGAACAAAUGGCUUUUAGCACUUUGACAUGAAAUUAUUUUAUCACUUUAUAGAUUGUUAAAACAACAUUUGUCAGUUAGAAUUUAUUCAAACUAAUGUUGUAAAAAAACACAUACCCACAUUUCACUCUUUCAAAUGGUUAAAAUACAAUAAAUAAGAUAAUGGGUUAUUUCAGGAAAAAGAAAUUUAAUGAAUGAAGCUUCUGAUAAAAAAAGACAAAUCUAGGAAGCUUAAGACUUAAGUUAAUGUCUCCCAGCAAGCAGAGUUUGGUGCUUAAAAGAAUUCUUCUAUAAAAAAAAUUUAAUUAGACAAUUUCAUGUGUCAUUUGUUAAUUUAUGAACCUCAUUCAUAAGGAAAUGUUUAUCACAGAAAAAUAAGGCUGCGGAUUAGAUGUCACAAAAAUAGAAAUCACAUUGAUACAAAAAUAUAAUAAACUACAGCCACCAAAACGUUUGAUAAUGCAACUGUCAAAAGCAGGAAAUUAAGUUAAACCUGAAUGAGAGUUAAUACAGCUAUGAAGCACGAAGGGGAGUAAAAACAAACUCCGCUCCAUCAAUAUAACUAAAACUCAUACAGAAAUUGCAUCACAUAAAGACAUACGUAAAAAAAUGCAGACAUGUGAACAAGAUGUCCUAAAAUAUGCCAAUAUUUUCAAAGUGACUAGUGAGUUUGGGUACCCACAUUAUGAGGAUGUAAUUUUCAGAAAGUGUUUUGCUUCCAACCUUUGAAAGUUACACUAGUGUGUGAAGUUGGACACAAAAAUUGAGGCUCAAGGGCUCAGAGCAUAACUGAUGUAUGGAUUUUACACUAUAAUUUUGUUAAUUGCAACAUAUAUAAACUUUACUCCUGCUUUUAAACAACUAUUUCCUUGAUGAAAACAGUAAUUCAUUUAAAAAAAAAGAACGAGAAAAAUGGGUACUACAAGGUACAGUUUACAUCUUCAAAAAGAUAUAGUAUGUGGGUAUAAUAAGCUUUGAUGUGUUUAAGUCCAUCACAUUACAAAUCAUGUUAAAGUAAUCAAAUUGAGAGUUUUUUUACUUUAAUAACAAUCUCAAACUGAAAAGGCAAUAAUCCAGACCUCAAAACAGAAAAAAAACCCAGAGCAGCACAGAAUCUCAGUGACAUAGCAGAACUAAAAUAUUUUUUGCUUAAGGAUAAUGUAAGUUGACAAGAACAUACUCUGAAGUAGUCCUUUUUAUUUUGCAGGUAAGCCACAGUGUGAAAAUUCAGAGAUAAGGAUUUUUUUCCUCUAUAGAAAACAAAAAAAAAUCUCUGAGUUUAAGGAGAAUGCACUGCAAAAUUAUCCUUGAAAAUAAGUUAAUGGAAUGUUUAUUACCACAGCAGAUUUCUUAAAACUCAUUCCAACAUGCAUCAGUAAACAGAAAUAAUUCCAAAUCUUCUCAUGACAUGUGAUUUACAUGUGUAAAAAAAACAAAAAGAAAACCCAACUAACCCCCCCUGCAUUUUAUCUUACUGCAUCUGCAAUAAGAAUUUUAAAAUGCAAUAGCACAAAUGGAUCUCGUGUUUAUCAGAUUGAAUCCUUGGAAUUUUGAUAAUAGCAGUAAGAAAAUUUUGGUUCUCUGAACUGCAUCAGAAAAUUUAUUACAUAAGUUGUCAAAAAGAGGAACACAGUUUUCCUUCCAAUAUCAUCAAAAACUCCCUCAGAAUUCAAGUAUUAAGAUACCUGACAUAUAGGUACAGCAAUAUCAUACACAAGGUAUACUUCAGUAUAUACAGACAUCAUAGAAUAAUCAGAAAAUGUUAAUCUCAUUACUCAUGUAAUCCUUUGCUGUUAACAUCACUUACCAUUAGAAUUACAAUAGAUACUUUGCAUUUCUAAAAAAGAAAACUCAAAUAAUUAAAAAUAAUAUUUAUUUAGUAGUAAGUGUGAUUACACCAUCAUGACACUUAUUUGAAGCGUUGAUUAAGAGACAGAGGUUAAAAGGUAGGCCAGUUACUGUCCUAGGAAAAUGGUAAAAGGGAGAUACAGAUAUUUGGAAGAAAACAUUAGAUGACCGGAGUUACAGAAAAACUGAUCAGCCCUGUUACAAUACCUUUAUUUUCAAUACUUAGAGAAGUAAAUAUAUAAAGAAUUAUUAGCUUACUUCAUCAUUAUACUUUACAGUAAUACACAGGUUACAAUUUUAGUACUUAGGACAUGAUAAACCAACAUACGCAAUAAUAAUAAGUAGAAUAGAUGUUCAGUUGCCUGUUUAAGUAUUUUUAUUUAUAUUCACAGAGAAUGUGACAUAUUAACUUCCUCUCUCAUACAGAUAUUUAUAUACUAAAGCUAAAGAAAGGGUGGUUGCAACAAGCCUUCUCACCACAUUAAGCACAAAGCAGCAGGGCCUAGGCAAGAUUCUAGUCUUCCAAAGGCUGAGCUUGUGGGCCUUGGAGACUUAUAUAUAAAACUCCACCUCUAAAGCCCCUUGGGUCAGUUUCACAGAAAUAUGGUUUAAUUUGAAAUGUUUAAAAGCUUACAGCAGUUGAAAGCUCCAAAUUCUCUGAUUACAGAAGACUUUUUUCCUGUCUAAUUUUUACAUUCUUUUAAUUCAAGAUGUGCUUUCUGAGGGGUAACAUUAAUCAUUGUGUUUACUUAGAAAUGACAAUUUUCCUUGUUUACAUCCAUUGCUGCUGAAUUUCAUUUUCAUUUUCUACAACUCUGUUAAUUUUUACAAGGCCCAAACUCGAUCUGAAAAGCAUAGAUACAUGACAGAUCAUAAAGACCGAUCAUUAUUUAUCAUUUAUUUAAAUCUGGUAGAAAACACAGUAUUUAUUAGAGGUCAGUUUGACCACGGCCGAAUAUUAGCUUUGUUUUUGUGCCCGACUAUAAGCAGUAAGUAACAAUAAACAAAUCUUCUGCUCUAACAUAUAAUCAUUACUUAAAGUUAAUGCAAGAUAAAUACACAAUUUAAAUUAUUUAAUCGCAAAUCACGCUUGCUACUGUAUAACAGUCUUUCAAGAACCUUCGCAUGUUAUUGAUCCACCCAUAAAUUACCUCCAGUUCAGCCAUAGGUUGCAAGUAUCACCAUCUUUCGCAUGUCCUCAUGUUCACGGCAUUCCUCCUCCUCUUGCAAAUAUUCCUAGAAGCCUGAAGAUUCACUGAUUCAGGGUCUAUGAUGCGCCAGCAGCAGGAAUAACGACUACAAUGCGCAUUAAGUAAAAAAAAGCCAGGUCUACGAGCAAAGCACUUUUUAAGAUCCUUUCCCCCGGCUCCCAGCGAGGCGGUACCAACGAAGGAUGCAGAGCGCUUUGCUCAGCUUUUACAAACCGGGGCAUUAUUGUUUCCCAAAAAGCAAGACGAGCCAGCCCCGAGCAGGACGUUGCACCGGGUCACGCCGGGCUGGCACAUACGCCCCUGGGACAUACACCCCGGCGCGCCGGGCGCUGCAACUUACAGACAGACGCGAAAUCCGCAGCCUUCGCCCCAGGGAGCGUGCUGGGGCAGCGUCGCCCGGCAGUCCGUGGCCCCGCGGGGGCUGCCGCGCCCGCCUCGCCCAGGGCUCCCGCGGGGCAUUUUCGCUUCAUUUGCCGACUACCCUGACACUGGUAACUUCCAGCCCAGCCCGCUGCGAGCCGCCGCCGCCGCCCCCUCCCCCCGCGUACGUCGUAUCCCUCCGCUGCGGCCUCCUCUCCUCCCAGCCCUCACAGAGAAAGCGCCUUUCAGCCAAGCUCCCCGCCCACCCUGCCUCUGCCGCUCCGACAUCUUCUCGGCCGGCCGGGCGGCCGGCCUGCUCGUACCUGUGCCGCGCUCCCGCCUCUCUGGGCGUGUCAGCGGCGGGGGCCGCGGGGCAGGCCGCUGGGGAGCGGGUGUCGGGGCAGGGGGCGCGCGCGCGCUCGGCGCGAGGGGCCGAGGGAGGACGAGGAGGAGGGGGCAGGGACUCUUUCCCCGGGCGGAGGGAUCGCGCUCGCUUGCGGUGCUUCGGCGGUGGCGGCAGCAGCGGCGGCGGCGUUGGCGGCGGGCUGCUGCUGCCUGCGAGUUGUUGUUUCCUCCUCCUCCUCCUCCCGGCCGCGGGUUGAAUGGUGGAGCCGAGACUCUUCCUGCCGAGCGAACAGUGACAGCUACCGGGCGGGCGGACGCGUUCGCAGGGCCCCGCCGCCGCCGGGGAGCGCGGCCCGAGCGCCGCUCGCCAUGUCCGGGGACGGCGGCAGGCACAGCGCGGAGCUGCGAGCGGAGCUCUACUUCCUCAUCGCCCGCUUUCUGGAGGACGGACCCUGCCAGCAAGCGGCUCAGGUCCUGAUCCGAGAAGUGGCGGAGAAGGAGCUGCUGCCCAAGCGCACGGACUGGACAGGCAAGGAGCAUCCGCGGAGCUACGAGAACCUGGUGAAGUAUUAUAGACACUUGGCACCUGAUCACUUGCUGCAAAUAUGCCAUCGACUAGGACCACUUCUAGAGCAAGAAAUUCCUCAGAGUGUCCCUGGAGUGCAAACCUUAUUAGGAGCUGGAAGACAGUCUUUGCUUCGCACAAAUAAAAGUUGCAAACAUGUUGUGUGGAAGGGAUCUGCUCUUGCUGCAUUACAUUGUGGUAGGCCUCCAGAGUCACCAAUAAACUAUGGCAGCCCACCUAGUAUAGCAGACACCCUUUUUUCAAGAAAACUAAAUGGAAAAUACAGACUUGAACAACUUGUUCCAACUGCUGUGUAUCAACAUAUGAAAAUGCACAAACGAAUCCUAGGACACUUAUCUUCUGUAUACUGUGUAACUUUUGAUCGGACUGGCAGACGGAUAUUUACCGGUUCUGAUGAUUGCCUUGUAAAAAUCUGGGCAACAGAUGAUGGAAGGUUGUUGGCAACUUUAAGAGGACAUGCAGCUGAAAUAUCUGACAUGGCUGUGAACUAUGAGAACACCAUGAUUGCUGCAGGGAGCUGUGAUAAAAUGAUCAGAGUUUGGUGUCUUCGAACAUGUGCACCCUUAGCAGUUUUGCAGGGUCACAGUGCAUCCAUAACAUCACUACAGUUUUCUCCAUUGUGCAGUGGAUCAAAGAGAUAUCUGUCUUCAACUGGAGCAGAUGGAACAAUAUGUUUUUGGCUGUGGGAUGCUGGCACCCUUAAAAUAAAUCAGAGGCCAACAAAGUUUAUGGAACGUCCUCGCCCUGGAGUUCAAAUGAUCUGUUCUUCUUUUAGUGCUGGUGGAAUGUUUUUGGCCACUGGAAGUACAGAUCACAUCAUUAGGGUUUAUUUCUUUGGAUCAGGUCAGCCAGAGAAGAUAUCAGAGUUGGAGUUUCAUACUGACAAAGUUGACAGCAUUCAGUUUUCUAACACUAGUAACAGGUUUGUGAGUGGAAGCCGUGAUGGGACAGCACGCAUAUGGCAAUUUAAGCGAAGGGAGUGGAAGAGUAUUUUGUUAGAUAUGGCUACUCGUCCAACAGGACAAAGUGUACAAGGAGUAGAAGACAAAAUCACAAAACUGAAAGUAACUAUGGUGGCAUGGGACCGCCAUGACAAUUCUGUUAUAACUGCAGUUAAUAACAUGACUCUGAAGGUUUGGAAUUCUUUCACUGGCCAGCUUAUUCAUGUCCUUAUGGGACACGAGGAUGAAGUGUUUGUACUUGAGCCUCACCCAUUUGAUCCUAGAGUUCUCUUCUCUGCUGGCCAUGAUGGAAAUGUCAUAGUUUGGGAUUUGGCCAGAGGGGUCAAAAUUCGGUCUUACUUCAACAUGAUUGAAGGACAAGGACAUGGGGCAGUUUUUGACUGCAAGUGCUCUCCUGAUGGCCAGCAUUUUGCAUGUACAGACUCUCACGGGCACCUUCUCAUUUUUGGCUUUGGCUCCAGUAGCAAAUAUGAUAAGAUAGCAGAUCAGAUGUUCUUUCACAGUGAUUAUCGACCUCUUAUCCGGGAUGCCAACAACUUUGUCUUAGAUGAACAGACACAGCAGGCUCCACAUCUCAUGCCUCCCCCUUUUUUGGUUGAUGUUGAUGGCAACCCUCAUCCAUCAAGAUACCAGAGAUUAGUUCCAGGUCGUGAGAACUGCAGGGAUGAGCAGCUUAUUCCACAGAUGGGGGUGACUUCCUCAGGACUGAACCAAGUACUGAGUCAACAAGCAAAUCAGGAAGUUAGUCCUUUGGACAGUAUGAUACAAAGACUUCAGCAAGAACAAGAUCAGAGACGUUCUGGGGAGGCAGGCACCAGCAAUCCUAGCCGAAUAGGAAGAAGCUCUGUAAGCUCUACCUCAGAAGUACAUUCACCACCAAAUAUAGGAUUAAGGCGCAGUGGCCAAAUUGAGGGUGUGCGACAGAUGCAUAGCAACGCACCACGAAGUGAAAUAGCCACUGAGCGGGACCUCGUGGCUUGGAGUCGAAGGGUUGUGGUACCUGAGCUGUCACUGGGGGUAGCCAGUAGACAGGAGGAAUGGAGAACAGCAAAGGGAGAAGAAGAAAUAAAGAUUUAUAGAUCGGAAGAGAAAAGGAAGCACAUUACAAGUCAUGUUCCAAGAGAGAACAAAAUACCUUCUUUUUCUAAGAACCAUUCUCAUGAUCAUAUAUUAGAUACUGGAGACUCAAGAAAGCAACAGGCAAACCAGCACAAUUACCGUACCAGAUAUGCAUUGGAAGAAACUGCCAGGCCUGCUGAAGAGUUAGAAAAUGGAAACAGUUCUUCAGAUGAAGGAGAAGCAGUUGUUGCCAGUGGUGGAACAUCAGAAGAUGAAGAGAAAGCAUGGCACAGUGAUGGCAGUUCUAGUGAAUACUCCAGUGAUUACUCGGACUGGACCGCAGAUGCAGGAAUUAAUCUGCAGCCACCAAAGAAAAUUCCUAAACUUAAAACCAAGAAAGCAGAGAGCAGUUCAGAGGAUGAAGAGGGGAUUGAGAAACAGAAACAGAAGCAAAUUAAAAAGGAAAGGAAAAAAGGGAAUGAAGAUAAAGAUGGACCGACAACAUCACCAAAGAAAAGGAAACCCAAAGAAAGGAAAAAAAAGAGGUUGGCUGUAGGAGUUUUGGCAGAAAAUGGCUUGACGUUGGAAGAAUGGCUGCCUUCAGCAUGGAUUACAGAUACUAUUCCUCGUCGGUGUCCGUUUGUGCCACAAAUGGGUGAUGAGGUUUACUAUUUCCGACAAGGUCAUGAAGCGUAUAUUGUAAUGGCUAAAAAGAAUAAAAUAUAUAGCAUUAAUCCAAAAAAACAGCCAUGGCAUAAAAUGGAACUACGGGAACAAGAGCUGAUGAAAAUAGUUGGGAUUAAAUAUGAAGUGGGAUUGCCUACUCUCUGCUGUCUUAAACUUGCUUUUCUUGACCCAGAUACUGGUAAACUGACUGGAGGAUCAUUCACCAUGAAGUACCAUGAUAUGCCAGAUGUUAUAGAUUUCCUAGUCUUGCGGCAGCAGUUUGAUGAUGCAAAACAUAGACGAUGGAAUAUAGGUGAUCGUUUCAGGUCAGUAAUAGAUGAUGCCUGGUGGUUUGGAACAAUUGAAAGCCAGGAACCUCUACAGCCUGAAUAUCCUGACAGUUUAUUUCAGUGCUACAAUGUCUGCUGGGACAAUGGUGACACUGAGAAGAUGAGUCCUUGGGAUAUGGAGCUCAUACCAAAUAAUGCUGUGUUUCCUGAAGAGCUGGGAACUAGUGUUCCUUUAACUGAUGUUGAAUGCCGAACAUUGAUCUACAAACCUCUGGAUGGAGAAUGGGGUUCCAGAACCCGAGAUGAGGAAUGUGACAGAAUUAUUGCAGGGAUAAACCAGCUCAUGACUCUAGAUAUUGCUUCUGCAUUUGUGGCACCUGUGGAUCUCCAAGCUUAUCCAAUGUAUUGCACUGUUGUGGCAUAUCCCACAGAUCUCAGUACCAUUAAACAAAGACUGGAAAGCAGAUUUUACAGGCGGCUUUCUUCACUUAUGUGGGAAGUUCGGUACAUAGAACAUAAUACACGCACGUUCAAUGAACCAGGAAGCCCUAUUGUUAAAUCUGCAAAAUUCGUUACAGAUCUUCUGCUACACUUCAUAAAAGACCAGGCUUGCUAUGAUAUAAUUCCAUUAUAUAAUACAAUGAAGAAGAAAGUCUUGUCUGACUCUGAUGAGGAAGAAGAGAAAGAUACAAACGUACCAGGGACGUCCACUAGAAAAAGGAAGGAUCAUCAACCCAAGCGGAGGCUGCGCAACAGAGCACAGUCAUACGAUGUUCAGGCAUGGAAGAGACAAUGCCAGGAGUUGUUAAAUCUUAUUUUUCAGUGUGAGGACUCUGAACCUUUUCGCCAACCAGUGGAUCUCCUGGAAUAUCCAGAUUACAGAGAUAUUAUUGACACACCAAUGGAUUUUGCUACAGUUAGAGAAACUCUGGAAGCCGGCAAUUAUGAGUCUCCAAUGGAAUUAUGUAAAGAUGUGAGACUUAUUUUCAGCAACUCUAAAGCUUACACACCAAGCAAAAGAUCAAGGAUUUACAGCAUGAGUUUGCGCCUUUCUGCUUUCUUUGAGGAACAUAUAAGUUCCGUUCUAUCAGAUUAUAAAUCUGCUCUGCGCUUUCAUAAAAGAAACACAAUAAAGAAACGAAGGAGGAAAAGAAGAAGAAGCAGUUCUGUUUCCAGUAGUGCUGCAUCAAGCCCUGAAAGGAAGAGAAGGUUAAUAAAACCUCAGUUGAAGCCAGAAACCCCUGGUGCCUCCUCAUCUUCAGUUCCUGUACGUUCAACAGCACUGAGACACAUUGCUGCUCAGAUGAAUGGAAAAGCAGCUGAAUCUUCCUCUUUGGUGCGGACCAGAAGUAAUAGGGGGAUAACAGAUACAGCUGUUACAGAACAACCAUCCACUUCUUCAGGAGGAAAACCUUCAAUUACAAAACCUAAUACUACUACAGUGUCAGGGAAAACAAUACUGGAGAAUUCCACCAAACAUUCCAAGAAUCAGAAUAUUCUAUCCAUUCCUAGCCAAUCCAGUUACAGCCACAACACUAGGAAUAACUCUUCAAGAGAAAAUGUGGAGAAAGAUAAACAAAUAAAACGUAAAAUGAAAUCAUCCACUAUUAAUCAGCAAGCAGACUGCAAAAAUAAUGCUUUGGCAUCAGGAAGCAUUCAGGUAAAUGGACAUGGAGGGCAACCUUCAAAACCUCCAGUUAAAAGAGGGCCUGUGCGGAAACUGAAGAUGGAGGCUAAUAGCAGUACAUGUGAAGUGGUGCACAAGAAAAGAGGUAGAAAACCAAAAAAGUUACAAAUUGCUGAACAGAUGAAUGCAGAGCAGAAUUCAGUCCAGACCACCAGGGACAUGGUAAUAGAAGAACCCUCAGUUUCUAGUGCAUGCAAUUCUCUUUCUGAAAAUAAUGUGAAGGAAGCUGUAUUACAAAAAAAAGGCCGUGGAGGCAGAAAGCCAAAAAGAAAGACACAGACACGUCAACCAGACUCAGACCUUAUAGUCCCUGCAAAUGUUAAGAUGCAGACAAGAAGCAGGAGGAAAAAAACGGAUGAACCUGUAGAAGAAGAAGGGUCUGAGGAACUGAAAGAUUCUGAACCUCACAUGAGAACUAGAAACCAGGGUAGGAGGACAGCCUUUUACAAUGAAGAUGACUCUGAAGAAGAGCAAAGGCAGCUAUUAUUUGAAGACACUUCUUUAACUUUUGGAACGUCUAGCAGAGGCAGAGUCCGAAAGUUGACUGAAAAAGCAAAGGCUAAUUUGAUUGGUUGGUAACUGUUACCAAACAUAUUCCUUAGAAUGCUAUGAAGCAGGUACAGUAAAGGAGUGAGCAGAACAAAGACUUCUGCUCCCCUGCUGCUAUUAUGGAUUAGAAGAAUAUGUUGUGAUUUGAAAAAAUGAGCAAAAAAGAAAACUGAGAGAACACUUCUUUGAAAAAAAUAUAUAUUUUAAACUUUUGCUAUUUAUUGCCCUCCAGAUAGGUUAUGCAUUUCAACAGUCAUUUUGGUCAUAGUUAAGAAUAAUUGAAGACCUGUAAAUAAGCAAUUACUGACAUUUUAAAAGUGAGAACUCCUGAGCAGUGCAGAGUAUUUCUGUGAUUAAACAAAGUGAUAGAACUUUUAAUGCCACAAACUGAGAACAGAAGUCUAUUUUUGACCAAGCAAGGUACAUUUUUAUUGAUUGCAGAAGUCAUGUCUCCCAGGAAGGCAGAUGUUGGCAAAGAGUGGCAGUAAAUUAAGGAUUACAUUUCCAUUAAGGACAAAUGCAAAAUUACCAAAUUUUGCUAAUCUGAAAAUGUUUAAUUUGAGUAGUGAUGGAACAUUCAACUGCAAAAGAAGCCUAGCACAGGCUUUUGGUUUAUCCAAGUUCUGCCAAACAGAGAGAAAAUGUAAUCACAAUAUAUAAAUAUAUAUAUAAUAUAUCCACAUUGGAAAAAGUUUGACUAAUAUGUCUAAUUUUUCAGACCUUGAUUCUUGUAUCAAUCACUAAAUCUCUGUUUAUUGUGCCAAAGACUGAGAAUCAGUGCAGUGGAAAGCCUUCUUUUCUUUUCUCUCUCUCUCUCUCUCUCUUUUUUUUUUUUUUUUUUUUUUUUUGAGUGUCAGUCCUGCAAACACUUUUCAAAGACAAAAAAGACUGUGUAUCAUUCUAUAUAGCAAAUUGUUAUAAAUUGUGCUGAGAUGUAUCCUCUUUUGGUACUUAAAUAGAAAACAGUAAUGCACUGGUGGGGUCCUUUGACAGAGAUGUUUUAGACAAAAUUUAUAAUUGGUUAAAGGAUUCAAGGAAAUUACAGGAAAAGGUAUGGGCUUAUGACGUUUACUUUUGGAUCUGAAUUGAUGGUUUUCUACAACUUCUGAUGUGUUUAGAAAGCUAAAAAUGACUUACAAAGAAGUGUGUAUGUGUAGAUUGAUAUAUACACAAACACAUACAUAUACAAUAUUACCCAGGUAUAGAUUCUCUUUUUCAGGAUUUUUUAGAUAGCACUAGAAUUAAAAAAAGAAAAGAAAGAAAAGAAAAAAGUAAAUUUUAAAUGUCAUACUUUAUAGUUUAAUUUUAAGGGGAAGAUUGGUUAUUUUCAAUUAUUAAAGGUUAAAAAAGGCCAAAUCACUUUUUAUGCAAUCAUGUUUUAUACAGUGGUCUCAUUGCACAUUGUAUUUUUUCUGCACUUUUUAUGGUAUACUUAUCACUCUGACAUAAGUCAAUAUACACCCUAAAGAAAAAUUACAUUUAAUGAUUGUGCCUUGUAUUCUAUUAUUUCUUGCAUCCUUAGUAAAAUUAAGUUGUCUAUUGUAAAUGAUAACUAUAUGACUUAGGGGAAUGUAUUACUAUAUAUACUGCUGUGGAAAAGAAAAGCAGUUAUUUAUUUGUUUAUGGUACAUUUAGUUAUUUUAUACCUUAAAAAUAAACUUUAAUACCAUUUUCUAUUGCUUAAAAGGUAUUGUCCAGUUUAAAAAAAGUAUAGAAAUAGUAGUAUUUUCUGAGAUCUGGUAUGGUACAAAAAUGUAACCAAAAAUUUCAGAUACAUUAUUUUGGGAUAGCACGAGACAGUGUGUCAUGACCCUGAUUUAGAAGAAUAAAAAUUGAAAAUUAAAUAUUAAAAAGUAGAGCCUAGUGCUGAAAACCCUUACUCAUACAAGAAGUCUUCAUUUACAAGACAAGUCUGAUGGACUUGAGUGCAACUGCUGAAGAAAGAAUUUGCAGGAUUUAGGACCUUUAAACUUGCACAGAUUGUCUUUAUUCAUUCUGAGCCAAAUCCUAUACUCAUUAUUCUGUUAGAACAAAGUCUGUUUAAGAAAUUCCUGAGCAAGGAAAACAGUAGUUGGCCCAAGAAGAGUAGAUAUUAGCUAUCAUUUACCUAUUAUGGAUAAAAACUAGUAACCCAUGUACUUGGCAUUUUUAGUAUUGAUUUAUGUAACUAUAUUCAUUAUACAUCUUUAUAUGAAAUUAAGUAAACUAUUUUCCAGAGCCUGACUGGAUUACUUUGACUCUGAGUUUGGGGGGCAUGGAUUUGAUUAAUUUUAUUUUCAUCUGUUUAUUUAUUUUUUCUAACAUAUGUUUCUUUACUAUUAAAAUACAGUUGCUAAACAUAUGGUAAGGUGGAAAAUUAUGGUUGUACAGUGAAAAAUAGUGUAUUACACAGUUCAAAACUAAUUCAUUUUAGUGUGAGACUUAACAGUUAAUUUUAAGGAUCUCACUGAUGAUGAAGGCAAUCAGUUUCAAAUGUGUAAUUUCCUGAUGUUAUCUGCAUUGUAAUGUAAGAAAUUAGAGUAUAUCUAAAAUUCAACUUCUGUAUUUACACUAUUUGUAAUGUUUUAUAUGGCAUGAUUAUGUAUAUAUUUAUACACAGAAAAUACUGUAUGUAAUGUUGGAGAAUGGAAUAGCACACAUUCCCAUUACAUUAUGUGGAAACUGUACACCUUAAAACCACAAGAAUAGAAGGCCUUAUCUGCAGAACAUAGAUACAUUGUUCCCUUUCUAUAGAGAUCUGUGACAUUAAGCUGCAGGGGGUUUUUUUAAUUCACAUUUAGAAAUAUUGACAUUGUUUCCUUUUUAAAUAGAUUGUGAAUGAUUUGGGUCAGUUUUUUAUAGAAACAACACUUUAAAAAUUAUGAGAAGUAAUACCAGAUUUAUUAAAAUAUAUAUUUUUAUAAUUUAUCUUCUUUAGGUUGUAAAAGUUUAUUUAUGAGAAUUAAUACCAUACCAUCAUGCUGUAUGUCCUUUUUUUUGUUUGGAAGAAUGUAUUUGAGAUAUUUGCAACAUAUUGUACCAACAAAGAAAAAGAGCUUUUGAUAACUAAGUCUGAAGGUUUUAAAUGUGAGCAAUAAGCUGUGGUUCAGCAACCUGAAAGAAUUUCAAAACUAUAGUUACGUGCAUGUAACGGAUAAUGCUAUCUCAAGUAUCUAACAAAUAAUUCAAAAAUGGAAUAUUAAAAUAAUAUGUGUUUGUUUCACAUAUAGAUUGUAAAUAUUAUAUAAAUGUGUUUUAUUGAUAGACAGUCACACUAAUCUUACAAGUCUGGCAGCAAUGAACACAACUUCAUUCAAAUCCAUUGAUAUUUGUCUUUUGAUAUGAGGAUAUUCAAUUGUUUUCUCUGUUGGUGGUUGUUAAAGUCAAUAUUUACCAACAAUUACCACUGAGUGGUAUCGAAAACCACAGUAUUUUCUAUCUUUAGAUUAGGAAAUAGUUGCUGUUUCUCAGAUACCAUUAUAUUCUAAAAGUUUACUUUAACAGCAGUCACUGUACCUUUGCCUGCAUACUGAACAAGUAUUUAUCCUGUUUGUUUCCAUUGUUAUUUUGUUAUCCAAGAAUUGAACUUGAAGAACUUCAUUACAAUAUUGUUCAGCAUUGUGUCACUAUUCAGCUAAGGUUCUUGUCAUUGUGCUAUAACCAGUGAUCACAACUUUACAGAAAAUGUCUCUUGUGAUUAGACUGCUGUCAUAUAUACUUGCACACAUUUAUUUAGUGUUUCAGAUUGUUGUUAGACUUGUAAGAUUAAGUGGGUUGAAUUUAAUAUUGCUAUUUUAUAUUUGUAAAAUAUUGAUAAAAGGACCCUCAUGCAGCAUGUCAGAUGUAUUAACAUCUAUAAAAAUAAACUAUCACCUUUACGUUGUGUAGCAGAUAGCUUAUGGGCUGUAUUGCUGUACCCAGUAUUUCUCAAGUAUCAACUCUGGACGCCUGGUCCAGAGCCUUUUGCCAUAUAUUAAAAUAUUAUGCAGACUAAAUCAGUACAUCUAUUUGACAACUGGAAGUUUGAUACAAUUUGUACACCACACUAUUAAAUCUCUCUUGCUCACAUUUACUUUUAGGCCCUGAUCCAGCAAACACUUUAGCACAUGCUUAAAGUUAAGCACAUGUUAAACUGUUUGCCAGUCCUAUAGAAGUUACACAUACUUAACUGAAUGAGCGCUGUAGGCCUCAUAUACAAUAGACUCUUUUUAGCCCAUCUUUAGUGGUCCUAUGAACUCACUUUGAGCAUGAAUCUAGCUAAAGUCUUUUGAUAUAUUGCUGUAUUUCAUCCUAAGUCCCUAUCUUGUUCUUGCACACUUUAACUGUGUUCCACACUAGCUGGUCAAACUAUUCUUUUCAGCUAAACACUGCUUUUCUCUUUAAAAGGAGUUUAAAUGCAAUUCUGUUACGCUGGUGAAAGCUGAAAGGACAGAGGACCUUAACCUCACCUGGAGACAACAAAAGCUCGUUUUCUCUGUUACCUUUUACUACCUAAUGAAGGCAAAAAUGUUAACUGUAAAAUUAUUUGAUAAUAUAUUUUGUCUAUUUUCCCCAAAGUUCUUGCAGCUGAUUAGUUUCCAGGGGCACCUAGGUAUUGAACUGAUAAAAGGGCUGUUACUUUUCUGCUGUACAUUAUUGUAUAGAAAUGUGUUUGUUUAUAUGCAGAAACAGUGUAUUAAAUUUCAUAUAAAUUGGCCAAGUCUGAAAAUUUAUUUCUGAUAGCAAAUCUGACACUCUUGUUGUUUUAACUUUACAUAAUUUCAUAGUUUUUAGACAGGAACGGGGCUCUUACUUUCUGGUAUAUUUGGGGGGAAAUUUAGGUAGCUUUUAAAUUGAAAUUAACCUCUACAUGUCUCACCUGUUUGUACUAACUAGUAUGGGAACCAUUUUUGCUAUUUAUUUUAACAGUAUAUUUGAGUGGAAAAACUACUUAAAGGUUAGCUUUUUAUAAUUUGUUUUAUUUAAAAAGAAUACCACAGAAGAGGGUAAAACUUCUUGUUCUGAAGACUACAACAGCAUCAAGGCACUCCAGAGAAUCUAUGCGGCAAUAAGAUAAGGAUAAUUUUUAGGAAUUAGCUAUGACAGGCUAUUUGGGGGAAAUUAUCGGGGGGAAGGGAGACAGUAGGUCUUUGGAACUCUUUAAAUGCAGAUAAAUACAUCAGGAAAUUUGCUUAAUGUGAUACAAACAAUACAUUGUCGGAGUGGAGGUAAUAUUUUACUAUGAGUUUCUACACUUAAAAAACAAAAAAGAAUAAGUUCCUACAAACUGGGAGUAGAAAGGAAUAUUAUCCUAUCAGCAUCUACUAUGUACACAUGCACAUAAGGCACACCUACUGUUUUGUACGUAAAGUGCAUGUUGAGUUACAGAUAUAUUGAGAAACAAUGCAAAGUUACAUUUUUGGACCAUAUUAAAACUGCAAAACCAUGACAGGCAACUUGUUAAAAGAUCUUGAGUGAAUUAUUUAUACCCUGUCAUUUAUAACGUUUAGACAUGUGUAGAAUGUAGCUCAAUUUUAAGGAAGUGACCUAGAAGGGUUAAUUUUGAAACUGACACAUUUUCAGAUUAAAAAUUAUAAUGCUUAUUUUGUACAGAAUUAUGUAAAACACAAAUCUGGUGUACGUAAUGAAUAACAAACAGUUGAAAACAAUAAUUCUUUAGCUUUAUCAAGGUCUUUUUCUUCCAGAAAUCUGGAUUAUCAUGUUAUAACCUGCAGUAUCACACCAGGAUAAACAGUGCCCUUUCUUUUUGUACAUAUUGAUUGGAACUUUCUUUACUGUUAUGUGGACACUUUCUAUGUUAGUUUUGAUGCAUAAUACUUUGAAUCCUUUUAUACAAACUAGAAUGUAUGUGUAAGAAUUACUGUCACUGCAAUGUAGUAACUACAAACUUAUUUUUAAAUAAAUAGAAAACUUGUUUUUCUAA